AUGUGUAUUUUCCUGCUGUCUCCUGCGGGCCUCGCAAACCCCACAGCUGUCUCCUCCAGCUGUACAGACACCUCAAAGCAGCAGCAGCAGCAGCAGCAGCAGCAGCAGGAACAGCAGCAACAUGAGGAACAAGAGCGCAAGCAACACCAGCACGUCGACCACCAGCAGCAGCAGAUGCAGCAACAGCAGCAACAGCAGCAACAGCAGCAACAGCAGCAACAGCAGCAACAGCAGCAGCAGCAGCAAGUGAAUGAAGGAUUAAGAGUGGAGACAUUAAAAACAGCAACAGACAAACUUUUAAAAAACUACCAACAAGAAAUCGAUGCCCUCACGAGAAGAGCAAAGACCGCUGAGGGAAACUUUAAUGCGUUGCUGCAUCUCCUUCUCCAGCAACCGGACUUGAUGGUGAUUCUGCGAGACCUGGAGGCUGCUGCAGCACGCAGGUCUUCUUCCGGUUCGGAUUCUGCUGCUGCUGCUGCUGCUGCUGCUGCUGAGCUGGAGCGACAGCUGAAGCUGCAGCAAGCAUCAGCAGCAGAACUUGAGGCAAAAAACCGUCAUCUCGAGAGCGAAUGCAACAGACAAGGAGACACGAAAUUUGCAGGUGUCUCCUCUGAGGAGUUCAAAGCAAAAGCUCUUCCGGGGUGUGGGGAGGCAUUUGAGCAACUUGAAGAGGAAAUCGGGAGAGCGCGAGAUCAAUCUAUUACUGUCCGCCAGCUGCAGCAGCAGCUGCAGCAGCAGCAGCUGCAGCAGCAGGAGCUGCAGCAACACUUUCAUCAGCAGCUUGAGGCUGCUGUUGCGGAGAAGGAACAGGUCGUUUUGAAGCAAAUCGCAGGGGCGGGUAUGCAGCAGCAGCUUCAAGCAGCGCAGCAGCAAAUUGCUCGUCUAGAAGGGCGCAUGCUGCAGCAGCAGCAGCAGUUUGCUCUGGUGAGUCACUGCAGCAGCAGCAGCAACAGCAACAGCAGCAGAAGCAGCAGCAGCAGCAGCAGCAGCAGCAGCAAAUGCGCCUACAGACGUAUGUUUCUUGCAUUUGUAUUUUCAGUAUAA